AUGAGUGCAUUCCAGGUACUUCAUAGUGAUAGUGUAGCUUCUUUCGGUGAUGGCAGCGAUAGUAGCUUUGAACAGGUCUUCUUCUACAAUCCAUCAACACGUACAUCAGUAUGGGAAAGACCACCGGACCUGUAUAAUCGGCCAGAUGUUGAUUUAUUGGUCUCAAAACCUCCGGAAGAAAAAAAGCCAGAUGCCGCGAAAGAAACGGACGACGAUCGGGGAUCGGCAACUUCCGAGGGCAGCGAUAACGAUGAAGAAAAUGCCCCGCCGGCUGCCAAGAAAAGCAGAAAAGAGAAAAAAUUAGAAAAGCAACGCUUGGAACAGCUGGCUGCAAAGAAGGAAAAAGACAGGCCAAGACAAAUGCUCGAAAAGCAG